AUGACUUCUGAAAACACGUUCGAAGGAGACGUGCUCAAUAGUGAGGCAGAGGAGUUUGUGACCUUGGAAGUCCUGGAGAAUUCACUCUACAUUCAUGACCAGAUCGGAGAAUAUCAAGAUCGAGGUGAAAUGCUUGAACAGUUCAGUUAUCUUGAUUUCUUCUUGCAAACUUACGAUAAGGCCAUGCCUACACAUGAAGAAGGCUGUAGAGGCCGUCCCCAAUCUGUUAAGAUUCCAUAUCAUCAGCAUUCUAUUCACCAAAACCAAUGCCGAAUUCUUCAUGGAGAACAAGCUGAAGUUAUUCCCAAUUUUCCUGGCAAAUGGUUUGCAAACCGGGAAAAUCUUCCAGAUCACCCAUUAUAUUGCGCAUCAUUGUUAGCUUUAUUGAAACCAUGGAGGUCUCUUGCCGACCUCAAAUCUGUGUCCGAAACUUUUGUUGAUGCAUUUGAACACUUUCUCGUUGACUCAUCCCUGCAUAAAGUGCUUGAAGAAGACGUGAAGCUGCUGAAGACUUGUACAUGGAGGGUGAUUUUCAGCAUUUUGAAAGUCAUUUGGAGGAUGACAUUGAUGAAGAAGAUCUGGUGCCACAAAGUUCAGUUGAAGCAGUAG